AUGUAUUUUAGAACAAACCGAGUUGCUAAUGACGUGCUUUGUAACCCACGAGGAGGUUUUUGUGGCCAGUCUGCGAUGCCAAAAGAUUUCUUAUUAAAAGGAGCGGGUAUCAAGAAAGAUAAAGAUCGUCAGGAACUACCACAUUUGACUACGGGAAAAAUUUCAGAGAAAGGAACAGGAAUUAUUUCUAGGCCGGCACGGAAAAUGUCUUUCAACGAAAUUGCCACAGCAUGCAGGCUAUCGUUUUCUCCUUGUUUGCAGGUGCGAACUGUUUACAAAACAGAGGGCCAGAAAGAAUGCAACGAUAUUGAAGAGUCAACUUUAGGUUUGGAAGACAAAAGCCAAAUAAGUCGAGAUUCUGAAAUGUCGGCCUUAACACCGCCAGAAGAAUGGUGUUCCAGAAAGUAUCUUCAAAUACAGAGAUCAAACUCAUGGUUGCUAGGAAAUCAAGUGGAGCCAAUGUUUCACAGUUUUUGUGAUAAACACGAAGACACAGCACAAAAUCAAGGGGAAUCAAAUGUAACGAAUCGUCUGAAACAAUUGAAAUUGUCGAUUCUGAUAAAGAAAUAUUGUGCGACCAAAGAAAAUAUUCAAGUUAAAGCCAUUGGUGAAAAACUAAGAGUUCCCGAGAAUCAACAAGAGACGGAAACGGAGAAGAGAGCAAUAAAGCUAUCGCGGGACGAAAGCCUUGAAAGUUUACGCAGGGCAAGUAGCGGGAAAGAUCGAGAAAGAAAAGCAUUCGAGACAUACAGAAAAAACCACGGUUCUAGAGGCGGGAAAAAUAUCAGCGCUUUAAACUGCGUUUUGAGUCGCAGAAGUGUCCUUAAAAAUCAAACAGUCGAAGAUGAAGAUUAUCAAGAAAUAGAUGUUGAAUAUUUACUAAAACUUAAGACAGUCUCGAGUCUUUCACGCAUGUUUGAUUCUUCAGCCAUCGACGUAGUAGCAAAGGAAAACACUGUUAAGACUGAGACAUCUCUGCCGUCAAUUCAUGGAUCACAAUGGAACCUCAAGCAACACUAUGUGUCCGAAUUAAGUUUUAAUCCUUCGACACCAGUUUUAAGGGAAUAUACUAGAAUAGCACAAGCGAGAGCUGUUGAUUUUUCCGAUGCUUCUAUUGAAAAUCAACUGUAUAUCAUGUAA